UCCCUUAGCCGGACGUCCGUCUCCUUUUCCGGAGGCGAUGAGGUUGUCGGUGGAGCGAGGUGGCAGUCAUGGCUAGGCGAAUCGUGUAUCCCCUGUACCAACUGGGAAAUCCUCAGUUAAGGGUUUUCCGGACUGAUUAUUUCUUAACUCUGGUAAGGCCUGGUGUUUCACAGCCAGAAGACACAGUACAAUUUCGCAUUCCAAUGGAGAUGACAAGAGUGGAACUGAAGGAAUACCUUGAAAAAAUUUACAAUGUUCCUGUGGCUGCUGUAAGAACCAGGAUCCAGCAUGGUUCAAACAAGCAGAGGGACCAUAAAAACAGACAUAUCAAGAAGCCAGAUUACAAGGUUGCUUAUGUACAGCUGGCUGGAGGACAGACUUUUCAGUUUCCGGACUUGUUUCCAGAAACAGAAAAAACCAUUGUGCCUGGCUCUGUAGAAGACAUCCAGAGGAAAUUUAUGGAAGAUGAGAUGCAGAGGCAGAAAGACGACCCCAAGCAAGGAGGAGUCCCUAACUGGUUUGGACUUUGAAGGAAUUAGGUAGCCUGGAGUGACCGGAACUGUUGCAUCCAGCACUGGUUGUCAUCUUGUAAUGCCAUCACAGUGAUGAUGGUGUUUUAAAGCCGUUGUGGGUACUUGUUUUGUGUGACAGAGUUACUUAGUUGAGAAACAACGUGUAUGCAUACAAAGACAUUUGGGAACAAUCUCUUCAGUUUCCAUUCAUACUGUUUCUUUUUGUGGAAGGAAAUGCUCACUGCACUCUCUGUCUGAAGAAGUGCAUCGCCCAGGCUCCCAUUCUCUUCCUGCCCUAAAUAGGUUAUCUGAAUGCCAUUCACUGGAGCAUAGAAAGUAUGUAGAAGGGCUGGGAAAGCCCAGUGUUGUUAUGAUGAGCUCUGAAUAUGAAAGCUGGGAUGACGUGGCCAGUGCUGAACUGCUGGACAGGGUAAAGCUCUGGGUUUCUGGUGCUGCUUUUCGGGUGACACCCCUCCUCCAUUAAUACAACAUGGUGGUGUGCUUGGGUGUGUAAACUGCAUAGAAUUUGUUGUUGCUGUUCGAAGGCAGGACUCUGAAUUUUCCCAACAUACACACACAGGUUCAGCUUGGUCUAAUAAAAGGCAUUACCUUGUUCACUUC